GUAACACGUCAUUCUAGUGAAGAGCAGAAGCCGGCUGGAAGGGAGUGCUCCCCUCACGGUCGUCUUUCUCUCUUGUAAGAUACACCCUUGUGCUUGUAUCUCCAAAUGCUGUAAUUCCCUAUAAACACAACAGACUCUUUAGCUUUUCUUUAGACCGGAGGAGAAACUGAUAUAAAGCACGGUGAUGUCGACCUACCAGGAGUUCAUCCAACAGAAUGAGGACAGGGAUGGAGUUAGAUUCAGCUGGAACCUCUGGCCCUCUAGCCGCCUCGAAGCUACCAGGCUCGUGGUCCCUGUCUCAUGCCUCUUCACACCUCUCAAGGAGAGACCUGAUCUACCUCCGGUCCAGUACGAACCAGUCCUUUGCAGCCGUGCCAACUGCAAGGCAGUGCUCAAUCCACUAUGUCAAGUGGACUUCAGAGCAAAAAUAUGGGCGUGCAACUUCUGCUUCCAGAGAAACCCAUUUCCUCCCUCUUAUGCAGGCAUUUCUGAAGUGAACCAGCCAGCUGAACUCAUGCCACAGUUUUCUACAAUUGAAUACAUAGUACAGCGUGGACCCUCAGCCCCUCUGAUCUUUCUGUAUGUGGUAGACACAUGUCUGGAAGAAGAGGAUCUUCAGGCUCUGAAGGAGUCUUUGCAGAUGUCCCUCAGCCUGCUACCACCCAACGCCCUGGUGGGCCUCAUCACAUUCGGACGCAUGGUCCAGGUUCAUGAGCUCAGCUGUGAGGGGAUCGCCAAGAGCUACGUGUUCAGGGGCACCAAGGACCUCACCUCCAAACAGAUCCAGGAGAUGCUGGGUUUAACAAAGCCAGGAGCAGCAGCACAACAAGGACGCCAACCUGUACCUCAGGAAGCUGCAGCCUCUUGCAAGUUCCUUCAGCCCGUGCACAGAGUGGACAUGAAUCUGACAGACCUGCUCGGGGAGCUUCAGAGAGACCCAUGGCCUGUCACUCAGGGCAAAAGACCCCUCCGCUCCACUGGUGUCGCACUGUCUGUCGCAGUUGGUCUGCUGGAGGGCACAUACCCCAACACAGGGGCUCGUGUGAUGCUGUUUAUUGGCGGCCCCCCCACCCAGGGGCCAGGCAUGGUUGUGGGAGACGAGCUGAAAACCCCCAUCCGCUCAUGGCAUGAUAUCCAGAAAGACAAUGCUCGCCAUUUGAAGAAAGCUACCAAGUACUAUGAAGCCAUGGCCAACCGCUCAGCAGUGAACGGCCACUGUAUCGAUAUCUACGCUUGUGCUCUGGACCAGACGGGACUCCUGGAGAUGAAGUGCUUAUCUAAUCUCACCGGGGGGCACAUUGUGAUGGGAGACUCCUUUAAUACCUCACUGUUCAAGCAGACCUUCCAGAGGGUCUUCAGUAAAGACUACAAUGGAGACUUCCGCAUGGCGUUUGGAGGCGUCAUGGAAGUUAAGACAUCAAGGGAACUGAAGGUUUGCGGGGCCAUCGGACCGUGUGUUUCGCUCAACUCCAAAGGUCCCUGUGUUUCAGAGAAUGAGAUGGGUGUUGGUGGCACCAGCCAGUGGAAAAUGUGUAAUCUCAACCCAUCCUCCACCCUGGGCAUGUUUUUUGAAGUUGUGAAUCAGCACAAUGCACCAGUCCCACAGGGAGGUCGAGGGGUGAUCCAGUUUAUUACCCAAUACCAGCACUCCAACACACAGAGGAGGAUCAGGGUCUCCACCAUCGCUAGGAACUGGGCAGAUGCACAGUCCCAAAUCCAGCACAUCGAGUCCUCGUUUGACCAGGAAGCGGCCGCCGUGCUCAUGGCUCGCCUGGGGGUCUUCAGAGCGGAGUCGGAGGAGGGACCAGAUGUCCUGCGUUGGCUUGACAGGCAGCUCAUCCGCCUGUGUCAGAAGUUUGGCCAGUUCAAUAAAGAGGAUCCUACAUCGUUCCGACUCUCAGAGUCUCUGUCUCUCUACCCACAGUUUAUGUUCCACCUGCGGCGAUCACCCUUCCUUCAGGUUUUCAACAACAGCCCAGACGAGUCUUCAUAUUACAGGCACCACUUUGUCAGGCAAGACCUGACCCAGUCUCUGAUCAUGAUCCAGCCCAUCCUCUACUCAUACUCCUUCCAUGGACCACCAGAGCCCGUUCUCCUGGACAGCAGCAGCAUCCUGCCAGACCGAAUCCUGCUGAUGGACACUUUCUUCCAACUGGUUAUUUUCCAUGGAGAGACGAUUGCACAGUGGCGAAAGGCAGGCUACCAGGAAAUGGCAGAGUAUGAGAACUUCAAACAGCUGCUGCAAGCUCCUCUGGAUGACGCCCAGGAGAUCCUACAGACACGCUUCCCCAUGCCGCGUUACAUCGACACCGAGCACGGAGGCUCCCAGGCUCGUUUCCUGCUCUCGAAAGUCAACCCAUCACAGACCCACAACAACCUCUACACCUGGGGACAGGAGACGGGAGCACCGAUCCUCACCGACGACGUCAGCCUCCAGGUCUUCAUGGACCACUUGAAGAAACUGGCUGUUUCCAGCUCUGCGUAAUUGUCGAAGGGAGAAGGAGUGAUCUGACAUUCCCAUCCUCAUAUUGGGAUCCAUUAACAUUUCCCUGUUAUUUUAACGGAGCCAAAACCCAGAGUCUCCUGUAUUUGCUUGCUUGAUUUUACAAAGCCCUUUCUGGAGUCGUAUGUGACAUUUCCAUGCUGCAAAAGGAAGAAAAAAGGGGGUAACUGUGCAUUCCUGAUAAGAAAACAAGUGACAUUUGUAGUCCUUUUCAGUAACUUGUUAUUUAUGAGAAAUUACUGCAGAACCUGUCUGUCCUAAUGUAAGCAAUAUCAAAUUAACUAUAGCUCUUUUAUAUUUGAUAUCACCUUGACAUGCAGAAUGAUUAGACCAAUAAUUUAAUUUUGUGUACUUUGUUUGUUUGUCUAUAAAUGUAUGUAUGUACUGCAUCAGCCUUGUUUGAAGAUGCUGUUUAAUAUGAAGGCUAUAUGUGUUUGCUUUGUCCAUAGCUAAGAUAACAUGUCUAGAAUUUUCUCAUCAAUAAAUUAUGAUGGAAUCUCUAAUGCAAGUUACGUAAAUGUUUACAGGCUAAUUGAUCUUCACACUGUUGGCUUGUUAAUCACAAUUUGUUUGACAGUGACUUUAUAAGAUAAAAGCCCUUGUGGAUUAUACUUGAAGUGUUUUCCAAGAAAAUUCCUUCUGGAUAUUAAGGAUUAAUGUUCUGAUGAAAGGGAGUCAAUCCCAUCAACCCAACUGACUCUGUUUUCAAUGACGAAUGUUUUGAUUUGUUUUCCACUUGGACUUUAUAGGUCACUCCCUAUAGUUUAGUCCUCUCAUCUUGUUUUAUUCACCAUCUGGUAAUUUGCACCCGAUGACUUCCCAAGUGUCUUUUUAAUCAAACUUUAAAAUACUGCAAGGCUGUAUGAAAAAGGGACAGUUGUUUGAUUUAGAUCCUGUCUGGAUUCUUGAUGCUAUCCAUAUAAAGGCCUGUCAACGAGAA